AACAAUUACCUCUUGUAUUUAAAGUACAACUCAGCCGGCCUCAGCACACUCCCAGUGUAUCCGCGAGUCGUACGCAGGAUUAGUGGCGAUAUGUCUCGUAAGCUCUUGAUGUCGUUCUUGCUGCUAGUUGCACUUCACAGUAUGUCUGUUGCCGCGCAAGAUUUAGGAAUGGAUGACUUCGGCGGGGAGGGUGAUGGAUUGGGUGAUGGAUUGGGUGAUGGAUUGGGUGAUGGAUUGGGUGAUGGCUAUGAAGGGGUUGGAGAAGAAGGGGUUGGAGAAGAAGGAAUGGACGGCGGGUUUACAGCCGAUGUUCCAGCCGUAUUAAUAGAUAACUUAAUAUCGGAGCAUGAAAAUCGAGAGUAACCAUAUGUUAUGCGUUCCUGUCACAAAUGUAAAAAUUUUAUUCUUUUCUUGUUAGUACAACAUAAAUACAAUGUAACAAAUUGUUAAUUGGCCUUAUUUUUGUUUUGCCUCAACUACAAAAGUAUUAUAGAUUUUCUUUUCAAUAAAAUACAUAAUAAA